UUGGCUUUCAGGAGUUCAGUCUACCGUUGCUAUCGGAAGAGAGAUCACCACUCUACAGCACAACACCACACAACUAUACAAACAUGUCUCUGGAACGCCAAGUCCGCGCUAAGCUCGCUUCCAAGCGUUGCCCCGAACAAGAAAAGGAGGCCCAGAACUGGAUUGAAACCGUCCUCGGCGCUAAAUUCCCCCCUGGUGAACUUUUCGAGGAUGUGCUCAAGGAUGGCACCGUUCUCUGUCAGCUUAUCAACAAGAUUAAGCCCGGAUCUGUCAACAAGAUCAACACGUCUGGUGGACAGUUCAAGAUGAUGGAGAACAUUACCAACUUCCAAGCAGCCAUAAAAGCCUACGGUGUCGUAGACAUCGACGUAUUCCAGACCGUUGACCUUUGGGAGAAGAAGGACAUCGCACAGGUUGUAAGCACGCUCUUUGCUCUUGGACGCGAGACAUACAGACAUCCCGAAUGGAAUGGCCCAUACCUUGGACCCAAGCCUUCCGAAGAGUGCAAGCGUGACUUCUCUGAAGAAGUACUGAAGGCCGGUCAAACCAUUGUCGGUCUCCAGGCUGGUUCCAACAAGGGCGCCUCACAGUCAGGACAGAACAUGGGCGCUGGACGCAAGAUCCUUCUCGGCAAGUGAAGACCACGGCCUAUCCCAACCAGUGAUAUUAAUAUUAAGUUAAUUUUGUAUUAAACUGUGUGCACACGGACGCUGUUGCAAACUCGUGUAAUUCUAGUCAUGCGUGUUGUGUAAGAUUGUGCGUUCUCUUGGCUAACAAGAGAUCCAGAUGAAUUACCUAUUAGAACCUGGUAUAAUCUAAUACAUUCACGUAGCACCAAGUUGGAUUCAAAUCUAGGAUAAGAAAAUUUAUUUAUUUCCAUUUAUUAUAGCCUUUUUAUAAUAAAAUAUUUUUGUAUCUA